ACUAGGAAGGAAGAGGAAGUUAGAGGCAUUCUCAAAUCGUUUUUGUUUGAGAAUAGUUGGGAGAGAGAACUCAGAGACAGAGAUACAACCAAAGAGAAACAAAGAAGGAAACUCAGUAGAACCAAGAGAAGAAACCCCCAAUUUCUUUUUUCCUUUUUCCUUUUUUCUUUAUUUUUUAUAAUACACUCUCAAAUCUCUUACACACACAACAAGAGAAGAGAAGAGAAGAGCAGCAAGAGAUUGAAGAACACAAUCUAUUUAGCUACAUACACCUUUUUUUUGGGUUUUCUUCCUUGUUUCCCAUUUCACAUGCCUUCUGUUUCUCCUUAAUCUCUGUUUCAGCCACAUAAACACAGAGAUCUUGUCCUUCUACAUUGCCUACUCUGUACCGGACAAGCUAAUCUCAUUACCUAAUUCCCCAAUCACUUUCUUUCAUCCACCCACUUCCAAUUUCUUCCUUUUCCCCCUAAAUCCACCUGCUUUUACCCUUUUCAUCCUUACCCUAUUAUUCAAAUAGGUAGUCUCUUUUCUGGGUUUUGAUUCUAUCUAUCUAUCUAUCUAUUUCUUUGUUUUCAAAAAACGAUUUCUUCCGAUUCUCGGUUUCUUUGUUUUGUUUUUGAGGAUUAAAAAAUUAGGGUUUUGGUACUAGCUAUGUGCUCAUGUAUUCGUUGGAUUUUUCUAGGGUUUUGACGGAUCGUUACUGGGUGGCUCUCCAAUUUAUCGGUUUUGCACUUAUUAGGGUUUGGUACCGCCUAUGGAUUGAAAGUAUGAUUUUGACUGAGACAUCGCGUUUUCUCUAGAAUGGGCUGGAGCUCCGAUCUUUUGUGGGAUUCUGGUUUUAGUUUAUACUUUGUCGAGCCUGCGAUUCUGAAACUGUAACGUACCACUAGAAUGAAGUGAACUUUGCUGGUCUGAUCAUGGAAGAAGAUUGCACAUUAUAGACUUGUUUUUGACAGUGAUCAGUUUCAACCCAAUCAAUUUCUUGGAUUACAAGGGAUUUUCGAUACUGUUUCUGGUGUUUCGUCUCUAAUUUUGGAGUUCUGUUGGUUUAAAGAGGGGAUAAUAAUUUACCCAAGAGGAUAAUCAAGUGACUCUAGCGUUGAAUCAUUGGCAUUUUUCUAGAACUGAUCGGGAGAGCUAAUUGUGCUUAAUUUGUUAUUAAGUAGUACUUUUUGUCUGCGUUUCAAUUGAUUUUCGUAUUUAGGGUUUCUCUGAAAUUCGGGAACUGGGUUAGAAUUCAUAUAGUCCAGUGGCAGAGUUGGAUCUUAAUAUCUGUUUUUCUUCAGAAUUUUGGAAAUAUCUCUCUUGGCCUGUGCUUAUUAUUACUCUAUUCGUGUUUUUAAGUGGGAAGAGUUCUCUGAGGUUUGGGAAUUGCAUCCGUGGGAUUGACUAAGAAGCUCAUGGAGGAAUAUUGAAGCUGGAAAUGAAUGCGAGGACAUGGUGCAUGGACAGCAGCUUAGUUUCUUGUUCGUUCCUUUUUCGGAACAGUGCUUCUGGAAAGUAGUUAUAGCAUUUUCGCUUGUGGGAGGAGCUCUUGUUUUUUGUCUUACUCUGUGCAAUGUCGCGCUGCUUUCCAUUUCCGCCACCAGGAUAUGAAAAGAAGUCCAGGGCAGAGGACGCAGACCUACUAAAAAAGGAGAAGAGCAAAGAGAAAAAGCAUAAAAAGGAGAAGAAAGAGAAGGAAAAGAGAGAGGGCAAAGAAAAAAGAGACAAGGAUAAAAGUGAUGAGAAACGCCGGGAAAAGAAAGACAAAAAGAAAGACAGGGACAAAAAGAAGGAUAGGAAUAAGGAGAAGGAGAAAGCACAUGCUUCGGAGGAGAGUAAACAUUCAGGGAAAAUUGGGAGUCAAAAUGGAGAAGAAGUUGUUAGAGUCAAACAUAACAAUGUCCAAGAGGAGAAGCAUGCUGGGCAAUUUGAUUCUUACAUUGGAAAUAAGAUUAGUCAGAAUUCUUUUCACUCUAAGGAGACAAAGAACACAAAAAUGGUGCUGGAGGUGGGGAGGAGAAUUGAGGACAGUGGAACUGCAAAGGUCGAGAAGUUUGCUGUUGCACAACCAAGAAGGGAUGAUGGAAUGGUCGCACAGGUGGGUAGGAUUUCUGAGACCUUGCUUGAAAGUAAGGACCAAAGCAAGAACAAGAAAAUUGAUGAAAGAAAAUACAAUGGUCAAGGACUUAGACACGAGGAAAGAUUCGGUGGCAGUUCUGCAGUCCCAAGUUCAGCCACAACUGCAGCUGCAGCUGCGACCGCAACUGCAACUGCGACUGUUGAACCUGGAGUUCCAGGAAUGUUCAAACAAUUGGAGAAAAGUGCCGAGAGAAGGAAAGAAUCAAAUGAUAAAACUAGACAGAAAGAAGGUGAAGAAAAACGGAGCAAACACAAGGAUAAAGAUAAGGAGAAGAAAGGACGGUCAAAUGAUAAAGAGAGCGAUAAAGAGAAGAAAAAAGAAAAGAAAGCAAAGGAGAAGGUGGAAGAGAAGAAUGCCAUGGUAGAUAAAACAAAGGAGAUCAAUAAGGAUAACCUAUUAGGUAGACAUUCUACAAAUACGAAUACAUCACAACUUCCUGACAGCAAUAUAGGUGCUGCAGUUGAGGAAAACAUAAUUAAGAAACGGAAGGAUUUUGAGCCUAAUGGAGUCUUGCAUGCAAUUGACAACAGAUCCAGUAAGUUGUUGAGGCCUACUUCUCAUUCAUUGAAGGAAAAUGGUAGGAUACUGGAACCGUGCUUGACUUCCACCUUGCCUCCUUCAGAGAGACAGGCUGUGUCAAAUGACCUUAUUUUGGUUGGUAAAGAACGCAAGAUUAAUGGCAUUAUUGACGCUCACCACCCACCUGCCUCUUUGAAACACAAGUCUGGACAAGUCGAUCAUCCUCAACCUACUGCAAUCCAUAAAAAAUCACCUCAUCCAGAUUCCAAGCACUUGAGUCAGGUAUAUUCAGUACCCAAAAUGGAGGAAUUGUCAGAUUCUGAUAGCCAAGAUUGGCUAUUUUGUGGCAAUUCUUCCCUAGCGAUGAAGCCCAAGUUGGAAGCUUCGGACGCCACAGAAAUGCCAAACGUAUGGGCCGAUGCAAUGCAGAUAGAAUCCGCUGAUGUUUAUGCUCUGCCUUAUGUUCUUCCAUACUGAUGGUCUCACAUGAUUGGGCUUGAUUUACCAACUUGACUCUAUCUGACUCAGGGUAGGUGCCGCCUUGAAAUUGUGUUGGAGUGGUGAUUCACUGGCAGCCACGUCACAGCAACUCCCUUGAUCACAUGGAAGCACAUAUCCUUUCUUCUUCCACUGCUGCUCUUGCAGCUGGGGCUGGACGUGUGAUUUGAUAAUCUUGCUAUCAAAUUGUUGAUUGGAACAGCAUCAUCUGGAUUGCUCUUGAUCGUUGAGGGGUGGGGGGUAGGUAUGGAUGGUGGUUUUUGGCUUAGGACAUUAAAUAACUAAUUCAUUGAAAUGAGAAAAAUUCAUAAAGGCUGCUGUGGGAGGUUUGCCUGCAGAGAGAGAGAGAGUGUGAGAGAGAGAGAGAGAGAGAGAGAGGAGGUGUGAGCUUGUGGUAUUUUAUUUAAUUUGCUUGGAGCUGAAAAAAGCACUUUCUAAUUGAGAAUGUGAAAGGAAUUAGAUGUGGUCUUUACAACUCCACCACAAUUUUGAUUUGUAUCAUAGAACUUUUUUAUUUACAGAAAUGUAAGAUAGAGGGAAAAGGAAAAUUAGUGCAAUUCAUUUAUAA